AUGACAGGUGCAGAUGAACUGGACAACUCUGGUCCCAACGCGCCCUUACUCGCCCCCGCCUACACUCCCGACCAUGACCAUGAAGACCGUGGCAACGAGGGCCUGGCUUCCGAGCUGGAAUACUCAGGGGGCUGGUUCAUAUGGGCGUUGACCUUCUCAGCAGGAAUUAGUGGGCUUCUCUUUGGAUAUGAUACAGGAGUCAUUUCCUCAACUUUGGUGACAGUCGGCACGGAUCUCUCGGACCGAUCAUUGACAACACUCGACAAAAGCCUUAUCACGUCAUGUACGAGCCUGUUCGCAUUAAUAGCCAGUCCUUUCACCGGAGUACUGGCAGAUAAGCUGGGCCGUCGGAAAGUUAUACUUGGCGCAGAUGCGUUGUUUGCCCUAGGGGCUUUGGUCCAGGCUUCCACAAGCCAGGUUUGGGGUAUGAUUCUUGGACGGAGUAUUGUUGGCCUUGCGGUUGGGAGCGCAAGUGCGGUUACUCCAUUGUACAUUUCUGAAUUGGCACCAUCGAACGCAAGAGGAAGACUUGUUACUAUUCUCAGUCUGUUCAUCACCGGCGGCCAGGUGGUAGCAUACAUAGUUGGCUGGCUUUUCACCAGUACAACCGGAGGCUGGCGCUGGAUCGUGGGCCUCGGAGCAUUACCGGCCUUCUUCCAGCUUGCCAUUCUCGCUUUCCUACCCGAGACGCCUCGGUGGUUGGUUCAGGCCGGAUUUGGUAUCCGAGCGAAGGCCGUUCUAAUCAAGAUUUACCAAGAUUGCCCUGGAGGUGACCGUGUGGUUGAUCGAGUCUUGCACGAUAUCAAUGGGGAGAUUGAUGAAGAGGCAUCAGAGCUAGGACAGGGUAAAUCUCGUGGCACCAAGCCGCAGUGGUUACACGAUACCCUUGAAAGGGGCCAGCAGUUAUUGCAUGGGGGGAACAGGAGAGCAUUAAUCAUUGCGAUGAUGCUUCAGGGAGUUCAACAACUGUGUGGCUUCAACAGUCUGAUGUACUUCUCGGCGACCAUCUUCUCGGCCCUAUCGUUCUCCUCCCCGACCUUGGUGUCUCUUUCAGUGGCUGUGACAAACUUCAUAUUCACGCUUCUUGCAUUUGCGCUGAUUGAUAAGAUCGGACGCCGGCGAAUCUUGCUUUAUUCAAUGCCAGUGAUGACCGUUGCCCUGGUCAUCUGCGCGCUGUCAUUCUCUUCCCUGAAGGAUGUAUGGAAUGACCAACCCCCAACGCGACGUGAAGGACCCCCCGAUAGUGCCGGUUCUUUCUUGCCCCUUGCUAUCCUGACCUGCCUUACCGUAUACACUGCGGCUUAUGCCUUCGGCCUCGGCAAUGUUCCCUGGCAGCAGUCAGAAUUGUUCCCUCUGAGCGUGCGCUCGCUGGGCUCAUCGUUGGCCACUGCAACUAACUGGGGAUCGAACUUUAUCAUUGGCCUUACCUUCUUACCCAUGAUGGAAUGGAUCUCACCCUCGUGGACUUUCCUUCUAUAUGCACUGGUCUGUGUAGCUGGAUGGGUUGCAGUAUGGGCAAUUUACCCUGAGAUGAGUGGACUUGGCCUUGAAGAAGUAAAAGGUCUUUUGUCAGAGGGCUGGGGAGUGAAGGAAAGCCUGCAAAGAAGGCGUGUCGCGCCUCGUGUAUAA